AUUGCCAUCUUGUUUCUCUAUCUCUCUUCUCUUCCCCACAACUACACUCUUACUGUGCUUCGGAUCGACGUACUCAACUCAAUUAUGUUGCCAAAUAUCUUAUUUCCAUCACUUCGAGAUGGGACAUCAAGGAAGAAAAGAAGUAGCGGCAGCAUUGAUGGAAUGCAAGACAAUGACGUGCAUCUGCCCUACUCGGUACCACUUCAUCCUCAUCUAAUCACUGCCAACCACAGGAAAUUCACAUUGCACUCCGAGAAUCCCAAGCACAGAAAUAGAGGCAUCAGGAAAAUGGCGAACAAGGUCUCCAAUUUCUCCGAUCUGAUCCAGCGCGUUACCGCGUCUUGCUUGCUCCAUCCGCUGUUCACCGCCGCCCGCGACGACGAAGUUUCAGUUAGUCGUGGCGGCGACGACUCCGAUGACGACAACUACAAGGCGGAGAAGGAGAACACGCAUUACGAAGACGCCGGAGAGGAAGCAGCGGAUUUCAAGCAGCUUUUAGGAGGCGGUAGGGAGGAGUCGAGAACUGAGAGGAUCAUAGAAAUGGAGAUGAUAUUGGGGGAAGUGUUCGAGGCGGUGUCGGCCAUGAAGAGGGCGUACGUUAGCCUCCAGGACGCGCACUGCCCGUGGGAUCCGGAUAAGAUGCGCGUGGCUGACGUGGCUGUGGUGGCUGAGCUCCGGAGGAUCGGGGUGUUGAAGGAGCGGUAUCGGAGGAGCGUUGGUAGUGACGACGGCGGACGAGGGAGGCGGAGAGUUGGGGCGGCCACGCUCAGGGAAGUGGUGGCGCCGUACGAGGCGGUGGUGGAUGACUUCAAACGGGAAGUGAAGGCUAAAGAAGCUGAGAUUCAAAACUUGAAGGAGAAGCUCAAAACGGCGACGUCUUUAGCUCAUUGCAGCACUGGAAGUGGAAAGAAAGGGAAGUCAAAGCGAAAAGUGAGCUGCAGUACUCAAGUGGUGGUGCCGCCGGCGCCGGAUCUGUUCGAGAGCACAAUGGGUAUGGUAAAAGAAGCUUCGAAAUCCUUCACGGCGUUACUCCUGUCGCUGAUGCGGUCGGCACACUGGGACAUAGCAGCCGCCGUGAGAUCCAUCGAAGCCGCCUCUUUCACUAGCGGCGCCGCAGACGCGGUUGUCGGGACCAACCACGCAAAGUACGCAUUGGAGUCGUACGUGAACCGCAAGAUGUUCCAAGGGUUCGACCACGAGACAUUCUACAUGGACGGCAGCCUCUCCUCCCUCCUCCACCCGGACCAGUACCGACGCGAGUGUUUCACGCAGUACCGCGACAUGAAAGCCAUGGAUCCGGUGGAGCUCCUGGGGAUACUCCCAACCUGCAGCUUCGGGAGCUUCUGCUUCAAGAAAUUCCUGGCGAUAGUCCACCCCAAGAUGGAGGAGUCUCUGUUCGGAGAUCUGGAACAGCGGCGCCAGGUUCUGGCCGGAAACCACCCCAGGACUCAAUUCUACGGGGAGUUCUUGGAGCUGGCCAAGGCGGUGUGGCUGCUGCACUUGUUGGCGUUUUCUCUGGAGCCGCCGCCCAGCCAUUUCGAGGCGAGUAGUGGAUCGGAGUUUCAUCCGCAGUACAUGGAGAGCGUGGUGAAGAGUUCCGUCGCCGGCAGAACUGUUGGGUUUGCCGUCAGCCCUGGGUUUAAGCUCGCAAAUGGCUCUGUUAUGAAGGCUAGAGUUUAUCUGGCUCCCAAAACUGGGUUUUGAUUUGUUUUCACUGUUUUUUUUGCUUGUGGGCUGGAUUGGCACAACACAACUUUUUUUUUUUUUUUGAAGAGGGCACAACACAACUUAUUUCACAUCAUUAUUUAGUUACUUGUUAACAAAAUAACUAUGUACUAUUUGUGUUUAUAAUAAAGCAUGGCUUCUUAAAUUCA